UCCCAAGGCGAGGAGUGCCCCAGCUUGGCCCGGCCCGCCAGUGUUCCUCGCGACUCAGCCCCGUGAAGACCCCUGCGUGGCGGCCCCGCCCCCGCUCGCCACUGGAUCGCAAGCUUUUUGUCGCCCUGGCCAGCUCAAGGGCCGCGGCCUCAGUGAUUACGCAGCUGAGAUCUGCCUAAAUAACAACCAGUAUUUACCCACGUAAAGAUGAUGGUGAAGAUGAUGAAAUAGAUAAACAGAAAAGAAAUGUGUAGUACGCGCAGAUCAGGAGUAAGCAGCAUGUGAUUUUGAGCUGGAGGGACGGACGCCCGCGAGUGCGUGAGUGCGUAGGAUCUGUGGACACGGAGGUGACCGCGGGAGGGAAGGUAGAUGCUCGACCAGGGCGUGUGUCGCUGCCCUUCCCCCGCCAUGGAAGAGGACGGAAGAGGACGCGGCCUGCGAGCGGGCCUCUGACACCCCCUGCAGAUGUUACUGAUAUGGGUCAUCAGGUCCCAGCGGUAACAAUGAGUGAAGAUGGUGCCACUGCUGUGGGAGCCACCGCUUUGGGCGCCACGGCCGUUGGAGCCAUGGCCGAGGGCGCCGCCGAGGGCGCCGCCGAGGGCGCCACCGCCGACGUGGGCGUCGCUGUGGUGUGUGAGGACAAGGCCACCAGCACUGACGACGAGCUCCUCUUGUCCCCAACGCCCGGGGACUGUCCGGAGAUCAGUCUGGGCCCCGAGGGAUGCUACCGAUACAUGGCUCAGGCGGCUCAGAUCUGGGGCGCCGACCUGGUGGGCUUGGACCGGCCUCCCGACCGCCCCCACAGCGCCCGCGGCGGCCGCUACCUCCGCCACCAGGAGUCGCUCAGCAGCAACAGUGACGUCUCUCGUCCCAAGCGCCAGGUCAAGCUGAGGCGGCAGAGAACGUCCGAGUCCUACGACGCCGACCGGUACCGAAGGCCGAAGGCGCGGGAGCUGCGGCGUCAGUGGACCACGGACUCGUCGGACUCCGGCUACUCCAAGCGCUACUCCCGGGAACUGCUUCGCCGCCAAGACACGGAGGAGUCGGCGGGGUCCACGCGACGCCUCAUCCGGGACCUCCAGCGGCAAGCCACGACGGAGUCGUCGCCGUCUCUGCGCCUGACCCGCCAGUCGUCCGUGCGCAGCGGGUCCGACAACCAGAGCCUGUACCUCCUGAGGCAGUCCACCGUCGAGACUUACGACGACGUCUCUACCACCACAGACUUCUCUCGGCCGCAGUCAUGCAACAGCGGCCGCAACACCAGCACCGGGGGCGCCAUGGCGGACUACUCCCCCCACGCCUUCAUGCCCGACGCCGCCCGCCAGCACUCCGGGGCCGCCGGCCAAUCCACCGUCCUGCCCGCGAGCGGUUUCCAGGCCCAGGAAAUGGUGUGCGGCUACGACUAUAGCAUCGCCAUCCCCGCGAACAUUGGCGCGCCUCUGCUGUCCACGACCUCCUGCUCGCUCAUCAACCUGAGCGCGGUGGACCUGGAGACGUCGGACAUCCAGGAGAUGCACCGCAGCCUCCGCGCGCUCCGCCCGGACGCCAAGGACAGGACCAAGCGGAAGAAGGAGCGCAAGACGGAGGAAGACGACGCGCUGCGGAAAGCCCGGGAGCGGGUGAGCCGUCGGAAGGCGGACGACGAGCUGCCGCGGAAGGUCCGCUGGUCCAUCAUGGCCACCGGACUCAUCCUGCUGCUCAUGUCCGUCAUCCUGGUCGGGGCCACACUCAAGAUGGCGCCGCUCAUCGAUGAGAUGGUUCGGAAGGAGAACCAGGACAUCCUGAUCCGGCUGCAGGGGCCCUCGCACGGCCUCAACACAACCGUCCCGCCCACCGACACUGGCUUCGACCCCACCCAGUCCUGAGGUCUCCACGACGCCUAGACUUCACCCUUCCUGUUCUCCAGUUGCGAGUCCCGCUACCGGUUAGCGUGGACUCCUGCGGCAGCCCGAAAGCGCGAUGUCUUGAAAGCAAUAUCAGCCUCGAAUCCAAGACCUGGGUCGUCGCGUGGCCGCCCGGCUCCGCCGCUUCGCACUUCGGAUUCCUGUCCGCCAUCACGGUGCCACGGUUGCACAGCAGCCAUAGACCAAGGUCUAUGGUCUGUAGGUCGCCGCUGUUUCUCGUCACUGGGUCUAGGUUUCUAUCAAGCAUUAUCUCUAUGUCUUCUUUUCUCUGUUCAAGCUCCCGAGUCCCCUUCCCAUUCUUAUUCCCCAGCAUCUCCUUCGCUCAGACUUCUUCCCUUCCUCGAGCACGACCCUUGUCAACCUCCAUCUCUGCUUCGUCUUCCCUCCUUCUCUUCUUCCUUUCGCUCUUGUCACUUUUAGGAGAUAUACAAUUCCUAGUGUGAAUUUUUGGCAUAGGCACGGAGAUCCUUGUUAGUGACUGACUUUGGCAAUAAUUCAUGUAUCCAUAUGAGGUACGACAGACAGAGAGCAAGAAAAAGAACCCCGGCAUUGGAAGUGUUGUGUCUUAUUUUUUUCUUCUGAGAUAUACUUGCAAGGAGUCAUGGUACGCUUCAAUCAAGUGAUGUGCAAGGUCAGCUGAGAUAACUCCUGCAAGUUUUAUGAUUCUAAAAGAUAUCAGACCUCAGUUUGUUAAGUAGGCUGCUGCUGGCAUCAGUAACUAAAAGUCAAGUGAUUUAUAUAAAAACGGUGUCGAUUUGAACUGCCUGCGAUUUUUGUUGUGGACACAAUCUCUUUGUAUUUGACGAAGAAACAUUUUCUUUAACCGUAUUAAUGAUUUGUAAAAUGAAGCUCAUUAACAGCCACUUUCAUGUUGUAUGUACAUUUCACAGAAUAAAUAUGAUUUUAGGACGAGGCCGUGAGAAGCUCCACCGAGAGGUAUUCUUGUGUGUAUGUGAUGCAUCUGAUAUAUCUAAUUUGUGACGAGGAUGUAGAUGUUAUUAAUCUUUGAAUUUAGUAACAAAAACAGUGUAGUUUAUUAGACUGUGAUAGGAUUGUCGUAUUGCUUUUUUAUAGUGAAAGAAAUAUUACUAUCUAUAAAUCAUAGAAACAGUUUACCAUAUGAAAUAAACAUACUAUAAAUGGUGACAUCAUCUGUACUACGAUGUCUCACUUUUUUGCCUUGCAAUGUGGCGUCUGCUGAUUUAUGAUGUCUUUUCAAUGAUACAUUGCUGGAUUUUUCGGUGAAAGAAAUUGAAUUUCAAAUGUUUGGAUGUGCAAACUGCUGGAACAAUUGCUGCAUAUCGUGACUACAGUGAAAAAUGAAAUAUGUGGAAUAAAUACGUUGACAUUUGUAACGAGUACUAUUAAGAGUAAACUAAACACAUGAUGCUUUCAAAAUACAGCAGAAACACGGAAAAUAAAUGGUUUGUUACAUAACUGAAAAUUGUGAAUGGAUGAUUUACUCGAGUUGUGUGUAAACUGUAUUUUCAGUGGCUGUAAUUGGGAAAUAAGCUCUGCUUUGAUGAGAGGUCAAAACUGAAAUUUCUCAGCCCACGUGAAACUGACUGACCUUUAACCGGGCGGACUGACCAGGUCAUCGUUUCGUAUCGCGACCUAGGUGUUUCUCUUCGAAACCCAGACAGAUGUUGCUCUUUUCUUCCUUCGCUCUCCUCCUCCUCCUCUUCUUCUUCUUUUUCUCCUCUUCCUCUCCUUCCCUGCUACUAUCACUAUUACUGUACUACAACUUCUUAAUUUCGACUUAUUCUUCUACCUCUUCUUCUCCUUCCUUUUCUUCUUUUAACCAAAGAUAUUUUGGUGUGUGAGAUACUUAGUAUAGGAUAAGUUGCACAUCAUCAACUAACAGUAGUAUUAGGAUAGCUGGACAGCCUCCAGAGAUCCCUCUUAAAACAUGACCUCGUUCUGUAAAAAAAA